CGCUGCAAGCAAACACUCUGCAAGAGAACCCAAGAAAAUCCUCUCUCCAUCUCCAACAACCCUUCAAUGGCCGUCGCACCCAUUCUCUUUCGUCUACUGUACAUUGCAUUCUUGGUGCUCUUUUCUGCUGUUGUUUCGCAUGCAGCUUCGCACUCUCCUCAUCCACUACAAGGGGAACCAAGCUAUCUCAAGUUCGUCUUCAACGCAACGGAUUUUCCAUCGGAGGACUACUACGACUACAUUGUCGUCGGAGGUGGCACUGCCGGUUGUCCAUUGGCGGCGACUUUGUCACAAUCCUAUCGAGUUUUGCUUCUUGAACGAGGCGGAGUUUCUUAUGGCGCCGCCAAUUUGAUGACCCAAGAAGGAUUCUUGGCGACACUUACCGAGGUGGACACAUUUGAUUCUCCUGCACAGGGUUUCACUUCCGAGGAUGGGGUCCCCAACGCUCGAGGACGAAUUCUUGGUGGCGGUAGCGCAAUCAAUGCUGGGUUCUACAGCCGAGCUGACCCUGAUUUUUACGAGAAAUCUGGUGUCAAUUGGGAUUUAAGGGUUGUGAACCAGUCAUACGAAUGGGUUGAGAGAGCUAUUGUGUUUAGGCCUGAGCUCAAGAAUUGGCAAUCGGCAGUUCGAGAUGGGUUGCUGGAGGCAGGGGUUGAUCCUUACAAUGAAUUUAGUUUGGAUCAUUUGAUGGGUACAAAGAUUGGUGGUUCAACAUUUGAUAGUUCAGGGAGGAGACACAGUUCUGCUGAUCUUCUUAACUAUGCGAAACCAAUUAACAUUCGAGUUGCUGUAUAUGCGAGUGUGGAAAGAGUACUAUUGGCAUCUACUAUGCCUCAUUCUAGGCCUAGGCAAUCUGCUAUUGGUGUGGUUUAUCGGGAUCGAUUGGGGAAGUAUCACCACGCAAUGGUACGUGAACAUGGUGAGGUAAUGCUUUCAGCUGGUUCCCUUGGAAGUCCACAGUUACUGCUGUUGAGUGGCAUUGGUCCACGACCUUACUUAUCCUCUUGGGGGAUUCCGGUUGCGUAUCAUCAUCCCUAUGUGGGGCGGUACCUCUAUGAUAAUCCGAGGAAUGGUAUCUCAAUUGUGACGCCAAUCCCAUUGGAGCAUUCACUGAUACAGGUAGUUGGCAUAACUGAUGUGGGUGCUUAUUUGGAAGCAGCUUCCAAUGUUAUUCCUUUUGGAUCCCUUUCGCGGUCUGUGUUCAUUCGAUCACCUUCUUUGCCUUUGUACCUUACAGUGGCCACUCUCAUGGAGAAAAUAAUUGGACCACUUUCAGCUGGCUCAUUGAGGCUGGCCUCAACAGAUGUCAGAGUUAACCCAAUUGUUAGAUUCAAUUACUUUACCAACCCAAUAGAUGUGGACAGGUGUGUAAAUGGCACACGAAAGAUUGGGGAUGUGCUCAGGAGCAGGUCUAUGGAUGACUUUAAGUUUCAUGAAUGGUUUGGUGCUCGAAAUUUCAGGUUUGUAGGGCCUGCCCUGCCUGUUGAUCAAUCCAACUAUGCUCAGAUGGCUGAGUUUUGUCGCCAAACAGUUAGCACUAUAUGGCACUACCACGGUGGCUGCGUGGUUAGGAGAGUGGUUGAUCGUGAGUACCAUGUCAUUGGCAUUGAUGCUCUCAGAGUUGUCGAUGGGUCGACUCUUGGUAUAUCUCCAGGGACUAAUCCUCAGGCUACUCUGAUGAUGAUGGGCAGGUAUAUGGGGCUGAAGAUAAUAAGGGAGCGGAUGAGAUACAGAUGAGUAUUUUUCCUUUUGAACUGAACAAACUUGUUGAGUGGGUUUUCAUUUUUUCGCAUUUGUUACUUCCUUUGAUUCAUACUUGAGCAUUAAGUUCAUAGACAGAGUUUUUGUUUGUUGAUUUGCUCAUUCAACAAUAGAGGAAAAAAGAGCAUGAUAGGGAAAUGCUGCUUCAUAAACCAUGAAUGGACAAGCGGCUUCUGACUAGGGAAAUGCAAUGUAGGAUUGACUGAACAAGUAGCUUUUGCAGUCUGUGCUUGAGAUUUUUGUAUACACUUUACCCCAUAUAAUCAAAGUCUGGUUGACUGUUUUCAUUUUCGCUUUUCUUACUUCCUUAGAUACACAGUCCGUGCAAUUGUUUGAUAGGGAAAUGCCGCUUUAAAAGAUGAAUAGAGGCUUCUGCAGGACUGAUUGAGCAGCUUGUGCCUUCUGUUCUAGA